CCUCUGUGUUUGGGUUUUAUUUGCCUUAAUUUUACUAAGAUAUAUCGGUAAAAAGAUCAUCAAAAUGAGUCGUAGAAAACGCGCGAAGGUAGAAAACCGGGAACUGGAUGAUAAAUUAAAGCAAGAAGACUCCGAAUCUGAUCAAUCGGAACGAAGUAAGAUUACUGCCGGUAGUCCCCUACCAGUUAGCAGCCGUCGCGAGUCAUCAUCGAGCCGUACUACCGAUUCUAAGAAAGAUGAUAAACCCAUCAUCAUCGAAGAGACCAAACAUGAAGACAUCGAAGAAAUUAAUUAUAAAGAGAUGCUAAACAGUUUGGAAGGAGCAGCAUUUCAGUCAAGAUUGCCUUUCGACAAGAUGUCUUCUUUAGAAGCUGAAUGUUUUUCUGAUUUGCAAGGUCCUUCAAGCCAUGCAUUUAUUCAAAUAAGGAACCGUAUAUUAAAACUGUGGUUUGAAGACCCCAAAAAGCAGUUAACUCAAGAACAUGCUGUGCAGAAAAUGGAGCCUCCGUACAAUGGCGAUCCAGCUCUGGUAAUGAGGAGCCAUGCGUUUCUGGAGCGUCAUGGAUUUAUAAACUACGGAAUAUAUGAACGCAUCACUCCCAUACCAGCACCACCUAAAGGGAAACAGAGGCCUAAAGUUAUUAUCAUUGGUGCAGGUGUGUCUGGUUUGACUGCAGCGAGGCAACUGCAGUCAUUUGGUUGUGAAGUAGUUAUAUUGGAGGGACGUGACAGAGUUGGGGGUAGAAUUGUUACCUACAGAAAGGGUCCAUAUGUAGCUGAUUUAGGUGCGAUGGUUGUGACUGGCUUGGGAGGAAAUCCUGUAACUACAUUAUCAGUCCAAAUGAAUAUGGAGCUUCACAAAAUCAAACAGAAAUGCCCAUUGUAUGAGGCCACCGGUCAUCAAGUACCCAAGCAUAAAGAUGAGAUGGUGGAGAGAGAAUUCAAUCGUCUGUUGGAUGCCACAUCUUAUUUGUCUCAUCAAGUCGAUUUCAACUACUACAACGAUACACCCGUAUCUCUCGGACAAGCCCUAGAGUGGGUUAUAAAGUUACAGCAGAAGAAUGUAAAGCAUAAGCAGAUUCAACACCUGAAAGCGCUUUUAACACUUCAGGAAAAGCUGAAAGCAAACAUUAACAAAAUGUCCGACAUCAAAGAGCUCCUGCACUCAAUGAAGGCGGAGAAAGAGGCUUUAAUCUUGGAGAAAGAGAACGGAGCAGUGACCGACGGUAUACUCCACGAGUUCAAUAUGAGGAGACUAAACCGAGAAAUGACGCAGCUGUGCAACGAGUACGAGACUCUAACGUCACAGAACGCCACCAUAGAGGAUAAAAUCACGCAGUUGGAGGCUAACCCGCCCAGCUCGGUGUAUCUAUCAGUCCGCGACCGUCAGAUCCUGGACUGGCACUUCGCGAACCUGGAGUUCGCGAACGCGACGCCGCUCGCCAACCUGUCGCUCAAGCACUGGGAUCAGGACGACGACUUCGAGUUCACCGGCAACCAUCUCACAGUCCGCAAUGGUUACUCGUGCGUUCCGGUGGCUCUCGCGGAGGGGUUGGACAUUCGGCUAGGGACGGCCGUCACCGAGAUCUCGUACGUCGGCCCCGGGGUCACGGUUAAGGCGGUCAACCCUCGAGCCCCCAACCAACCGCAGACGUUCAAAGGCGACGUUGUUCUUUGCACGCUGCCCCUGGGAGUGCUGAAAGUUGCGGUGGCCAACAACGGGCAAAAUCAGCAAAACUUCGUUAAGUUUGAUCCGCCCUUGCCUGAUUGGAAGGUUGCUGCGAUUAAGCGCUUGGGUUACGGCAACUUGAACAAAGUGGUGCUGUGCUUUGAGCGGACAUUCUGGGAUCCCAGCGCAAAUCUCUUCGGUCAUGUUGGCACUACCACUGCCAGUCGAGGUGAACUCUUCCUCUUCUGGAACCUGUAUAGCGCUCCGGUGCUCCUGGCUCUGGUGGCCGGGGAAGCUGCUGCGGUGAUGGAGAACGUGACUGAUGACGUCAUCGUGGGGAGAUGCAUCGCGGUGCUGAAGAGCAUAUUCGGUCAUGCCGCUGUGCCGCAGCCUAAGGAGUGUGUGGUUACAAGAUGGCGCGCGGACCCGUUCGCCCGCGGUUCGUACAGUUUCGUGGCGGUCGGCUCGUCUGGUACCGACUACGACCUGCUGGCGGCUCCCGUGCCCGACGCCAAUGGAGACAACCGCAUGUUCUUCGCCGGUGAGCACACGAUGCGCAACUACCCUGCGACUGUCCACGGUGCGUUUCUCUCUGGUCUGCGCGAGGCGGGCCGCCUGGCCGACCUGCUGCUGCCGCAGCCGCCUAUCACCAGCGCCAGUGUUGCUGCUGCCACCGCCGGACAUACUUAGAAGUAGCCAGGGAGUAUUAUUAACCAUACAGACUGGAGAGGUGAGGCCGCAUUAGGCGUAACUACACUGCAGCUGCGGCGCAAGUCAAUACGUCCCAUACUACUCAUAGUGCUGGGCAGGGCGGGAUUUAUAGCGGGCUCCACACUCGCGG